AUGAUGUUUUACGAGCAAUUUUUUGAAGCACACGAAAUCAUUGGCUUACAUGUUUUAUUUUUAGGUAUCUCACGUGACAGUUGGCAUAAACGUCGUGCCACUGGAGGAAAGAAGAAACCAUUAAGAAAGAAACGCAAAUUUGAGCUUGGUCGUCCACCAGCAAACACAAAGCUUGGACAAAAACGAAUCCAUACAGUUCGUACCAGGGGUGGUAAUAGAAAGUUUCGAGCAUUGCGUCUUGACCAUGGUAAUUUUUCAUGGGGCUCUGAAAGUAUAACAAGAAAGACAAGAGUUAUGGAUGUUGUAUAUAAUGCCAGCAACAAUGAACUUGUUAGAACAAAAACUCUUGUGAAAAAUUGUAUUGUUACAGUUGAUAGCAAUCCGUUUAGACAAUGGUAAGCACAUUAUGCCACACCAAUUGCGAAAAAGGGUGCUAAAUUGACCGAAGCUGAAGAAGCAGAACUACAGAAAAAAAGGUCUCGACAUCAGGAGAAAAAAAUGGAAGCAAGAAAGGCAAUGGCUAAAGUAACUCCUGGUCUUGAAGAACAGUUUGUAACUGGACGACUCUAUGCCUGUAUCUCAUCACGUCCUGGACAAAGUGGAAGAUGUGAUGGUUACAUUUUAGAAGGAAAGGAGCUCGAGUUUUAUGGAAAGAAAAUUAGGGCCAAAAAGAGCAAAUAAUAAUGAAAAAUAAAUGCAUAAAUAAAACAAGUGUUGCAAUCUUUGUGUUUCAUUGUA